GCAGAAGCAGAAGCAGAACCAGAACCAGAACCAGAACCAGAAGCAGAACCAGAAGCAGGAGAACAUGCUGCGGGUCCGGUGCCUGAGUGGAGGGAGCCGAGGAGCAGAAGCUGCACAUCUCAUCGGGGAUAUGGCGGGUCGCGCGCUCUCGGGAUGGGUGUCGCGCGCCGUCCGCAACAGCUCGAGUUCCGCGGCCGCGCAUCUCCCGUUGGACGAGCCGGUUCAGGAGUGUCCCGUGAGCGCGUAUAACGAGUGGGACCCGCUCGAGGAGGUGAUCGUGGGCAGAGCCGAGAACGCAUGCGUUCCCCCGUUCACCGUGGAGGUCAAGACCAACACGUAUGAUAAAUACUGGCCCUUCUACCAGCAACACGGCGGACAGACAUUCCCGAAGGACCACGUGAGGAAAGCAGUUGCUGAAAUCGAGGAAAUGUGCAAUAUUCUCCGUCACGAGGGAGUCACAGUGAGACGGCCAGAGCCAGUGGACUGGUCCUUAGAGUACAAGACCCCUGACUUCUCCUCCACAGGCAUGUACGCGGCGAUGCCCAGAGAUAUCCUCAUGGUGGUGGGCAACGAGAUCAUCGAGGCCCCGAUGGCCUGGAGGGCCCGCUUCUUCGAGUACCGGGCGUAUCGGCCCCUGAUCAAGGAGUACUUCCGGCGCGGAGCAAAGUGGACCACAGCACCCAAACCCACCAUGAGCGACGAGCUGUACGAUCAGGAUUACCCCAUGCGCACCGUGGAGGACAAACACAAGCUGGCGGCUCAGGGGAAGUUCGUCACCACAGAGUUCGAGCCGUGUUUCGACGCUGCGGACUUUAUCCGGGCCGGCACUGACAUAUUUGUACAGAGGAGUCAGGUCACGAACUUCAUGGGCAUCGAGUGGAUGCGGCGCCAUCUCUCUCCCACUUAUAAGAUCCACAUCAUCUCCUUCAAGGACCCGAACCCCAUGCACAUCGACGCCACCUUCAACAUCAUCGGCCCAGGCCUGGUGCUGUCCAACCCAGAUCGGCCCUGCCAUCAGAUCGACAUGUUCAAGAAAGCCGGCUGGACGGUGGCGACUCCUCCGACUCCUCUUAUUCCUGACAAUCAUCCGUUGUGGAUGUCCUCCAAAUGGCUGUCCAUGAAUGUGUUGAUGCUGGAUGAGAAACGUGUGAUGGUGGAUGCUAAUGAGAUGACCAUACAGAAGAUGUUUGAAAAUCUCGGUAUUAAGACGAUUAAAGUCAGCAUCCGCCACGCUAACUCCCUGGGAGGAGGCUUUCACUGCUGGACGACGGACGUGCGCCGGCGCGGAUCCCUCCAGUCUUACUUCCUCUAGCCUGCCAGAGACACGCAGUUCUUAUUGAGCUCCGAUUCGAGCACCGUCUGCAUGGUUUGAUUGCGCUGUGCAUGUCAGGGCUUUUGUAAAUGCAACCGAUGAACGUGAUGAAUAGAAACCUCAGUGAUCUCAAUAUAACAACUGCAUUUCUGGCCGGCUGUUGUAGUAAUGACUCCAGUGAAGUAGGCAGAGCCCCCCCCCCCCCCCCCACACACACACCACAGAAGAAGAGUUUCUACCUCCUAUUUACCAAAAACAGAAAACCUGUUUAGCCUAUUUUGAAUUGUAAUGACUUCUUAUAUAAUGCACUUUAAUGAUAUAU